GCCGCCGCCGGAGCCGCCGCCGCAGCCGCCGAGCCGCCAGCAGCGCCGGGCCGGGCCGGGAUGUGACGGGGCGGCCGCCCCGCUCCGCUCCGCCGCUGCCCCGGGCCCGCGGGCCCCGCGCCCCGGGAGGCUGUCGGGGGGCGGCGGCGGCGGCGGGCCCCCCCCCGCCGCCCCCAUGUCGGAGGGGCCGCCCUACGGCGAGGGGCAGCUGGCGGGGGACGCCGCCGUGGGGCAGCUGCCCUUCCCCGUUCGCCUCCGCGGCCCCGACGGCCUCCUCGCCGGCGGGCAGGGCAAGCGGCCCCCCAAGCUGGGGCAGAUCGGCCGCAGCAAGAGAGUGGUUAUUGAAGAUGAUAGAAUUGAUGAUGUGCUGCAAAAUCUCUCGGAAAAGGCCCCUCCUGGUGUUUAAAACUCCCCUGGGGACGCUCGGCUGAAGGCUGGGGGGGCCGGGGGGGGAUUGGUUUACAACGGCACAGGUUAUCGGCACAAAAUCAAAGCACCCCCCCGCCGAGAGCGCAGCGAGCGAGCACCUGGAGAGCCGUCCUCGCCAGCCGGCGAUCCCCCACCGCCCAGCAGCACACCCGCCCCUCCGGGAGACGCGGCGAGCGAGACAAAGCCCGGCGACAAAUAAAAAAAAAAAAAAAUAAA